AUGAGCGAGGACACCUCGAUCGAACAAGCAACAGAAUACAUCGCAUUUAAGGACGAACAACUAGCCGUACUCACAAAAAACGAGCUCGAGAUCCUCCUGCAAGAGCGAAAGGAGCAAGAAAGCCGACAUGACCAAGAGCAGAAAGCCGAGUAUACCCAGCUGCGCAAAGAACUAAAGAAACAAUGGCAUGGACUACUUUUAUCCAUACACUAA